AUGUUCGAAGCUUAUUUUCCGGUGGAGUCGGGUGCGCUGGGGCCUGAGGAGAACUUUCUUUCCCUGGACGACAUCCUUAUGUCUCACGAGAAGCUCCCCGUACGCACCGAGACCGCCAUACCUCGCCUUGGCACUUUCUUCCCAGACCGAAGCGGAGGCGCCGAAACUGACAAUGAGAUCACUCAAGGCUCAAAGCUUGAAAUCCCCUUGUGGCUGGCAAAAGGACUUUUUGACAACAAGCGGCGGAUCCUUUCUGUGGAACUUCCCAAGAUCUAUCAAGAAGGAUGGAGGACCGUGUUCAGUGCAGAUGCCAAUGUGGUGGACCUCCAUAAGAUGGGGCCAUAUUUCUAUGGCUUUGGCUCCCAACUCCUGCAUUUUGACAGUCCAGAGAAUGCAGAUAUUUCCCAGUCUCUCCUGCAGACAUUUAUUGGACGUUUUCGGCGCAUCAUGGACUCCUCUCAGAAUGCUUACAAUGAAGACACGUCGACACUGGUAGCCAGGCUAGAUGAGAUGGAGAGGGGCUUAUUUCAAACAGGCCAGAAAGGGCUGAACGACUUUCAGUGCUGGGAGAAGGGGCAGGCUUCUCAGAUCAUAGCUUCCAACCUUGUUCAGAAUUACAAGAAAAGAAGAUUCACUGACAUGGAAGACUGA